UCCCCUCAUGUGUUCAAAAUGCAUUAUGCAAUGCGUGAAUGCGAUAAUGGAAUGCAUGUCUUGGCCUUUUGAUGACGUUUUCGUCUGUAUCUUAUCUUAUCUUCAUUCUUCAAGCAGACAGAUUUGAGAACUCCAUCCAGUAUCGACUAGCUUUUUAUGUGAAUAAUAUGGUUAUUGAAUUUUAAUUGAAGUGCUGUGAGUAUCUAGAUUUAUUAAAAUUUCUUCGUUUUCAAUUAAAUUGUUCCGACUACUGAUUACUAUUGCUCUGUCAGAGAGUCAGUGUUCAUUGCUGGUGAUACCUAAGUAUUGAUAAACGCCAAUAACAUUUUUCGAUUUCGUUCGUCUUUUCAAUGUUUCGUCUAUCCAUACGUCAAGAACACUUACAGCACGUUCACGUUUGUUUGUUAUCCGUUUACAAUUUAAUGAAAAUUCGUUAUCUAUCUCGUUGUGUUUGUGGACAUUGAAACAUCUAUCGUAAAACAUGUCUAAUGAAUUGGAGAAGAAAACCUUUCCCAACGGUCGUCAUCGUAACAAAACUUACCUCGAUGUGUUUGAAACCGAUCGAGAAUUCUGCGAAAUGGUACUGCGAGGUGAAAAAAGCCGAUUCAUUCCGGAUGAUUUCCUCAAUUUCUUAUCAUCCAAAAUGGAAAGUGUUUCGUUGCAAAACUGCAUCUCUGAAAGGAAUGGAAUUCAUUUUGUGAAAGCAUUCGACGAAGAAAUGGCUCAAGACUUCCGCGAUAUUAUCGGAAGACCGAGGAUAAACGUCGAGCAAGUUCAUCCCCCUUGUAAUGGUAACCAUCCUAACGGAUUCUUAGGAGUAUUCUAUCAUUUUUUUGUACAAAAGCAUAUCGCCAAUAUCACCAAUACGGACGGCUAUUGUAAAUACCUGGAUAGUUACGCGGCGAUUUUUCCCUUUCCGGUUAUCGAUCGCGUAGUUCGUCAAGAAAUUGAUAUUCUCAACUCGAUAGACGAAGAUCUAUUUACCGAAAUGCAGAUGUUUCUGAAUCAACACUUCGAUGACGUUGGAAUACGAUCCAUUUCUGCAAAAUUUUUCGAUAACAUAAUGAAUUUCAGACAAAAAAACGUUCCCGAGAAAGCGAUUCUGGCUGCUGUCAAAGGAUUAAAUUUGAAAGGCUUGACAAACGAUAACCGAAGCUGCGAGAAUUUCAACGAUAAGUUCUAUUUCGCCAACGAUAGGUGCGAAUACUUGAAAACAUACCCUAGAGUCAACCAUACCGGAGUAUUGAGAUACCAAACGAUCUACGAAAUGAUCGUAAAUGUUACCAAACAGUAUGGAAAAUCGUGCAACUCUUCGCCAGCCAAAUACGAACCGAAAUACCUGCUCAAGUUACCAGAAAUCAAUCUCUACGAACUUUACUCGUUGCUUAACGUGAAUUUUCUACGUAGCGAUCGUCGCGAAUAUAUUUAUCGAUUCAAGAAGUAUUUACUUUUCUUCGUCAACGCUCUGAACAACCCUGCGAAACCAGUUUUCUUCAUAGACGAAGGACUUUACGAUUGUUUAUUAUAUUAUAGCACUUAUAGGAAAUCUCGUAACGACGUCGAAAGGAUGAAAUUCGAGUUAUCAAUGCUCACAUUGGCGUAUCGCCGUAAACAAAGCUUUGACGAAAGCCAAGCUCGAGGAACGUAUAAUCUAAACAAUACCAAUUUACGAGACGUCAAGAAAUAUUUCGAUAAUUUCCCCGGUAUCGCGAAUGCAUUGGUUAAGAACGAAAUCCUUUCCAAUAUUUUGGAAAGUCAAGCGUUCGUGUCUACUGAUCGAGUCGCUAUGGAUGUUUGUUUUCGAAACGCAGUUCGCAAUCAGCAUAAAGAUUUCUUCGAGUUGGUGAUUCACGGAUCUUUGUCUCCGAAUAAUUACAGAUAUUUGGUCAUCUACAAUGCUUAUACCGGGCAAGAGACGAGCAUCGCUAUGCCUUCGAACAAAGCAGCCGUCGUCGACUUCAUUAAAAGAUAUAAUAAAUACGAUUUCAGCCAAGUCUUACCGCCUGAAAAGUUCCUCACUUGGGGACACGAGUGCUAUUAUCAAGGUGAUGUUGCAAACUGGGAUUCUAGACGUAAAUUGCGUUAUUAAUUGAAUCAUGGUCAAGAUCUUGUAGACUUCUUGUUUUUCAUUUACGUAAAUGUUGUUCCUUUUUUUUUUUCAUGUUUUCGUUCGUUUUCGUGCAUUUAUUAUUUUCUACUCUAUGAUGAUGAAAAUACGCUUUGUAAUAUUAUUUCUCAACGUAGGUACCUAGUUAUUUGAUUAGAAUUUUGUUUCCUUGAAAUGUUAUUUAGGCAAUAAGAUAAACAAGAUAAUUUUUAGUUAGUAUUAUUGUUCCAUUGUCCCAUGUUCCUGAUUUUUAAAAAUAUCCAUACAUAAAUUUCGUUAAUGUACCCAAAGACUGACAGACGCCUAUUUUGUUUGGACUGAUACUUAUUGAUACGUAAGGUACUUAUUUUAUUAUUUGUCUCAUGUUCGCAUUUAAUGCACCAAUAUUCUUGUUUCUCGCACUGUUUCGUUGGCGAGGUAAAAGAUUUUGAAUUUAUUCUAAUUGUAAGUUUCCUAUGAUAUCAUCUUCCUACGUUUUUUGAAGACCUCCUGUCGUUAUUUUGAAAGAAUGAGAUAUUUAUAUUGAUGUACCUAGGUGUUGUGUUGAACAGAAAAACAUUCAUGCGAAUAGUUGGUUUGAAAAUUCGUUUAAAAACUCAUAUUUUUUUUGACAAAUAAUGCGGAGCUAAAGUACGUGAAAUUUUAUAAUGGAUGAUGAAUUUAAGAACUUCGUUAAAUUAUAAAAUUUUCAAAUUAUUUUGUUUUCAAUUAUUUAUUAACAAGAAAUCAACAUGAGGUAAUUGUACCAAUUUUUUGUGCAAUGGUAGGUAAUCACUAAUCAGUGUAUUCACCGGUAGAGAAUUCUCAUUUUUCCCCCUGAAAUUACUGAAAUUAUAGGUACCUCCACGAAAGUACAAUUUUUUUCCCAACAAUUCCCAAAAAGUCGUUGUUUUUGGCUAAAAUUGUUUAAAUAUUGCUUUUUUCAAAAUGAAAAGAAUUUUUGCUUUUUGGCAAAAUUGCAAAAAAUUGUUCAAAAGUCUCGCUUUUUUGACUGAAAUUGCGAAAAAAUUUCAUUUUUGGCUCCUAAUUAUCUAACUAAAGGUUCUGUUUUUUGCUGAAAUUGUCAAAGUCUUGCUUUUUGCCCAAUCUUCCCGUUUUUUAAAAAAAAGUGUCACAAAAGUAACACCUUUUUCUCCAAUAAUUCCCUGAAGGUAGGUACAGAUUUUUGCUAAAACUGUCAGGAUCUUACUUUUUUCCAACAAUUAAAAAAUAUUCUCGCUUUUCCAAAAAUGACAACUAUUUUUGCUUUUUAGUAAAGUGGCCAAAAAUAAAAACUUUCGAAGUUUUUGCUUUUCAGCAAAAUAGCUAAACAAUUUCGUUUCUUCUUGGAAAAAAGUUGCACAGCUUCACUUUUUUCCGAAAAUUGCACCAAGUCUCGAUUUUUCCACAAAAUUUCCAAAAAAAAUAUUAUUUUUUGCCGAUGAUUGUCAAAAGGUCUUGCUUUUAGCUAAAAUUAUCAAAAUCUCUCUUUCAAAUAGAAAUUUUUGGUUCUUAGCAAAAAUCUUUGGAGUAUAAAAUAAUAUACUCAAAGGUAAAAAUACUAAAAGGUCUCACUUUUCACCAAGAAUUAUUUUAAAAUUCCAGUUUUUUACCAUGAAUUUCCAACAAAGCUUAUUUUUUUGCUAAAAUUGUUUGAUUAGGUGGUUAAAGAGGUGUUGAAAAAUUGGAAUACCAUCAUCGUCAGUCGUUCAAGUUUGUAUGGUUGGGAGUAAGUUUUGAAUUUACAUAUUGAAAAAAAAAAAUUAUUCGCUAAUUGAAUCAGCUAACAUUCGUACGUUUUCCAACAGAUCAGCGGAUUAUUUCCAAUUAAAGAUACUCCGUUACUCGACAUUGAACCGUUUACAUCGACCAGCUGUUGAGCAAAUUUCACAUCCUAACUGUGAGAAAGAGUAUAUUUUGACAAAUAUAAUAUGGAUUCGAACUCGAAAGGAAAAUCACUGUUUAGACUGCUGUCUACGGUAUGGUUCAUCAACAUUGGAAAGUUGUAAACUCGGUGAGAAAACACGUUAGACUUAGAGGGGAUUGGUGCUACUUGGGCUGUGACGAUCGCCGCCGCACCGCUAGUACUACAUCUACCGGCGAGGAUUCCACUGGUAAUUCGUUUGACGGUGCUGAUAGUUGUUUAGUUGACUGCUUCAGUGUAUGUGAAUGCUGUGCAACUGGGUUGUAUUCGACGAAUUUGCGAAAAAUUUCAAUUACGUAAUUUCUUCCAACGUUAAAAGAGUGAUCAUUUAUCUGAUAGAUGACCUGGAUACUGGAUUUAAUAUCAUCAGUUCAAAUAUGACGAAAAUCAGAAUGACGAAAAGAAACGAAUUACCUUCAGAUUUUGAUAUCGGUUGAACGAUUUGGAUGAAUGGAUGACAAGAGACGUACGUAUCGCAUCGGUGUAUCCUUGUAAUUUGACGAACGAUGCCUUGAAAUUUCAGUACAUUCUAUCUGAAUUCCUAAAUUACCAACGUACUGAAUGGAUUUGACUUGAUUGUCGUGAUGUUGUGAGGUGUACUAUAACGUUGUAAAAUAAAAACAACAUCUCGCGAGCAGGUGACAUGUGAAAUUAUUGAAACUAAUUUGUUUACCUAGCGUGUAAAUUAUGUUAUUUUUAAUUCGAUUUACCUACGAACAGAGAAAGAGAAAUGUACAGCGACAAUAUAGUACUACUUACCUACACUUACUUUUAAAUACAUACUCGUACUUAUUACUCGUACACGUACGUGGUGUAUUAAACACAGCACGCGAAUGUUACCUUUCCUACCUACCUGUACUUCUACUUACAUUUUUCAACGAUUAACCACGACAACGUCGACGUAAUUAACUCGUAAAAUACACGUUUAAAGAAUUAUAUAUUAACAUAGCGGAUUACUCGUACAAUAUAAAUCUACUCUUACUCAUACCUAACAAUUUACUUACGUUUAUGUGUAAAAACAAUACUCUCGAUUCUCUUAUGUUUACUCAACUGACUCUGUGACUCGGAUGAUGACAAAACGUCUUUACACACUUUCUUAUGUUUUAUGCGUAUCGUGUAACGAAUUCGCAUCGUAUAUUCGUAAUAUUAUUGAAUAAUUUUUUUUUUAACGCACGUUCACCUCAUGAUCUACCUACGUAAUAUAAUUGCACAGCUCGAGCUGGCCGAUGUAAAUUUCAUUUUUCAUUGUAUAUUAUUCAUCGUGAUAAUCUUCAUCUCACACGCUUCAUUUUUUCCAUAUUAUAUUUUAUAAGUAUAGCACUUUUCCUACCUACUAACGGUUUAUUAUUUCUUCGGUAUCUGUCCACUUUGAAUUGUCUUUUGUGUGUACAUGAGUACUACUUCGGAAACUGUCGUAUGGAUUUUGAGACUGAUUUAUCUUCGGGGACUGUCGACGUGUUGUAAAUAAUUUUUUACUUGUACGUUUAACGAAUUGAAAGUUCGUAGGGUUGCCAAAUUUGAUAUGUAUUGUUUGAUUUUAUUUAAUUCAAGAGUAAAAUUUGUACGAUUCUACGAACGAUUACUUAUAAGUAGGAUAUUUACUCGACUCAACGAUGAUGAAAAACUUAAUUCAACGUUUUCUGACUAUUCGACGAUAGAUUAAAUACCUUUACUUACUAUCAGAGCCAUGACGAUUGGGAAAAAUUGAGGAUAUUGUUUAUUUACUUUAAAUUUACUAUUUAGAUUACAAUAAUUUCUACACAUCACUUCAACAGACCUCUGCUUACUAUUACUUUCAUUACUAAAUACUAAAUAAAUUCAUAAAAAUUCAACUUCACUGUAAAAAUUUACUAUUGCUGGACGAAUUGUAUUUACUGGAAUUUGAAGGGAGGGGUUAGGGUGUGGAUUUGGGGCGAAUAAUUCAUUUUGUACGUUCUUAUAACUCGAGAAUUACUGCGAAUACUCGUACCUAAACGUUUUACUAAUAUACUCGACCCAUCUAAAAAUAUUACUUAUGUACCUAUUUUAAAAUCACGAAAAACUCAUACCGAAUAUGUACUUACUAUUACAAUUGUACCGUACCUAAUACCUCUAUGUACUAAUAACUGAUAAGACUUUUGUACCUUACCUACUUACUCUACCUAUGUGUAUACUUAUUAAUGAAUAAUUUUAUGAACUCAUAUUUUACUUUGGCGCAUGUGUACUGUACUUAAAAUUAAUCCACGUACCUCACGAAGUACCUACCUAUUUACCAACGACAUUUUAAAAUAAUGUAAACAUUAAAACACGAAUGUACUGGAAUUUGUUAAUGUACUCGUAGUACACGUUUAAUUGCUGUAUUUCAACUUAUACGAUAUUACCUAUAUAAAAUAAAUUUUACUAACUAAGUAACAUAAUAUGUAACAUAACCUUACUAAAAUGUAAAUACUGAAUUUUUCAAAUGUCAAUAAUGUACUUAGAAUCGACUAAUUUUUACUACAAAUCACGAUCAUACCUAGAAAAAUGACUAACGUGCUUCGGUAUCCGAGCUUCUUCGCUACAGUACAUACUUACAAUAUUACUGAGAAACUGUUGAAAUCAAAAGAACGUGAGACAGAAAAAAAAACAAUUACGAUUUUUUUUACUAAAAAUUUAAAGUUUUAUAACCAAACAUUGUAACGUACGUUUUCAAUUCUUAUUACAGACCUAUUAAAUGGGUCUUACGUGACCAGUGACCAUAACUCAACUCUUUUUCAAAUUUGGCAAUCUGCAGUAAUUAAUAUUUUUAUUUAUUUUUUUCUAAAGGUAAUCUAUUUUAUUGAUUAGAAUUUUGAUUAGGUAUUUUUUCUUCUCACGCUCUGUAAACAUCUUUUAUCGCUUUGUAUUUUCGGCAUUUUUUCUCCAAAUUUUUGUUGUUGUUAGUAGUAGGAUUUUAUUUCAGCUAAACGAAGAGAGACUAUUUUCCAAAAGGAACCAGUUUGUCUGAAAUUUCGCUACGUUACGCGGUCAAUCAAAUAUCAUUUGUUCGCAGGUAUAAAGGUAUAAUUAUUAUGAAUGAUUCAAGAAUUCCUGCGUUGGGUUAGAAUAUCUACGACAUUUUCCCCUUUUGUCAAUCGAGUGAUUUAUCGAACUGAGUAUAGUGAUGUGAAAAUUCCAUUAAAACAGUAAUAAAUAGGAGAGGGUUUGUUCAAAUCAAAACAUGCGCUAUUAUUUCGUCAUACUCAAGAAUAUUGAAUCGUUCUUAUUGCUAUUAUUGUCAAUGUCGAUCCAGAGUAUAUGCAGUAAAAAUCGAAUUGUGUAUCGAAAAUAUGCAUACUUAAACUCUAGACCUUCGAGUUUUAGUAAAAAUGUAAUAAGAGUUUGAAUUUUUAUGAUCUUAAUGAAGCUGUUCAAAAACAAUAAAACAUCUAUUUGGUUUUUUAA